AUGGGCAAGACUGACAAAAAGCGCCAGCGCGAGGUUGAGGAGGUGUCGGCCGGGGCAGAGGAAGCCGCCGCGCCGACCCCAAACCCUCCGUCAAAGAAAGCACGGGUCGAGUCGAAUCGGCAACUCUUUGUUCGAUCGCUGCCGCCGAAUGCCACGAGCGAGUCCCUGACCGAGUUCUUCUCGCAACACUACCCCGUCAAGCACGCCACGGUUGUGGUCGACCCGAAAACCAAGUUCUCGCGAGGUUACGGCUUCGUGUCGUUCGCCGAUCCCGACGAUGCGGCCGAGGCCAAGGACAAGCUCAAGAAUGAGCUAUUCAGCGGGCGCCGGUUGAAGCUCGAUAUCGCCCAAUCACGGCACCGCGAUCCUACCAAGUCGGGUUCCGAUGCCAUGUCAAAGGCUGUUGAGGUGAAGCGGAAGCGCCAGGCCGAUCUGGAAGAUGCACGGAAGGCGCCCAAGCUCAUUAUUCGAAACUUGCCUUGGAGUAUCAAGACGUCGGACCAGUUGGCAAAACUGUUCCAGAGCUUCGGCAAGGUCAAGUUCUCGGAUCUUCCAAACCACAAGGGCAAGUUGUCCGGUUUCGGUUUCGUCACGCUUCGCGGGCGGAAGAACGCCGAGAAGGCAAUUGAGUCUAUCAAUGGCAAGGAGGUUGAUGGACGAACGCUGGCUGUGGACUGGGCCGUGGACAAGCAGACCUGGGAGCAACAAAAGGGCGAUGUAGAGGAGGACGAGGAAAAGGCCAAGAGUCCCAAGGCCAAAAAGUCAAAGAAGGCGAAGAAGGAAGCGGAGGAGGAAGAGGAGGAUGACCCGAACAUGACUCAGGAAGAUCGGGAUCUCGUGAAUUUCUUCAAGAACUACGGCGACAACCUAGAGGAGGAAGAGGAGGAUGAGGACGAAAACGAAGAGAAAGAGGGUGACGAGGAGGAGGGGAGCGAGGGAGAAGAGGAUGAGGAUCUCGAUGACGAGAUUGACGAGGACGACGAGUUUGAAGAUAUCGACGAGGAUGAGGAGGAGGAGGAGAAACCCAAGAAACCCCUGACGAAUAAUGACACAACUCUCUUCAUCCGGAACCUACCAUAUUCGACAACCGACGAGACGCUCAAGGCACACUUCACAACAUUCGGCCCGGUGAGAUACGCCAGAGUGGUAAUGGACCGCGCCACGGACCGGCCGGCGGGCACAGGUUUCGUGUGCUUCUUCAACGAGGACGAUUUCAAGACCUGCCUGAAGGGUGCGCCCCGCCACCAGCCCAUCGCUACGCUAGCCAAACACUCGGUGCUUCAAGAUGAGGCAGCCGACCCGGAAGGCAAAUACACACUCGACGGCCGCAUUCUACAAGUUGCCCAAGCCGUCUCCAAGGACGAGGCGACCCGGCUAGCGGACGAAGGCGUAGGCAAGCGCAAGGAGAAGGACAAGCGGCGCCUGUUCCUCCUCUCGGAAGGCUCCAUCUCGGCAAGCUCACCCCUCUUCAACCAAUUCACCCCCGCCGAGAUCAAGAUGCGCGAGGCCAGCGCCAAGCAGCGCAAGAAGAUGAUCGAGUCCAACCCCAGCCUGCACCUCAGCCUGACGCGCAUGGCGAUCCGCAACCUGCCGCACAACCUCGACUCCAAGGGCCUCAAGGCGCUCGCGCGCGAGGCCGUCGUCGGGUUCGCCAAGGACGUCAAGGAGGGCCGGCGGCUGCCCAUCUCCAGGGAGGAGAACUCGCGCGGCGGCGACGAGGACCGCGAGGCGGAGCGCCGCCGCAAGGAGAAAGGCAAGGGCGUGGUGCGGCAGGCCAAGAUUGUGUUUGAGACGACCCAGGGCUCCAAGGUCGACGAGAAGACGGGCGGCGGCAAGUCCAGGGGCUACGGCUUCAUCGAGUACUCGUCCCACCGCUGGGCGCUCAUGGGCCUGCGCUACCUAAAUGGUCAUGCCAUGAAGAACGAGGCCGGCAAGACGCAGCGGCUGAUUGUGGAGUUUGCGAUUGAGAACGCGAAUGUCGUGCAGCGGAGGCGGCAGCAGGAGGAGAAGAGCAGGCUGCCUAGGGAGGAGAGGCCUGCUGGGAGGGGUGGUGAUUGGGGGAAGGGGAAGACGUGGAACAAGGGGAGGGACGGGAAGGACGGGAAGUUUAGCAGGGACGGAAAACCCGGCCGGGACGGCAGGUCCGGCAGAGAUGGCAAGUUGUUUGGCAGGGACGGCAAGUUUGGCAAGGGCGGGAAGAAGGGAGCGGCCGAGGCGAAGAGCGAGGCGCCGCCUACCAAGGAGGGCAAGACGAAGGCGGAUGAGAAGCUCUCCAUGAGGACAAAGAUCAUUGUACGGAAGCGGAUGAUGCGGAAGAAGAAGGUGACUAUGCGGGCGGGUAAGUAAUAGGGGGGUCUACCCUGCCUCGCGCAGCUCCGCGGAUAACUAGGAGUACUCGGAGUACAAUUAGCGGUCAUCUUGUAACGUAGUGUUGUUGGAUUCUUGGAGUUGCUCAACCGGAUUUGCUCAACCGGCUGGAGCUGCUUGGCCCGUUCACGUGCUGCUUCUCCAAGCUUCGCUCCUGGCGAUCAACGUGUAGAUCAGUCAAAGGCCGGAAAAGACACAACGAAAUCCGAAUGCAACAUGCAUCUUCCUGUGGUGCCGUUGCCAUGGGACCCACAUACACGUCACUGCUACUUUAUGCUCACUAAAGUCGACUCAUUGACUUCCACGGAGCCGGGCUA